UGUAAAACCGAAACGUCUCUUACAUUUUCUCUAUCUUUGUGUCUGUUUCUCUUCGUUCCUUAUCCUGCGCACACCUCACCUAUGGCGCACGAUAUCCAACUUCCCUGCGACGGAGAUGAUGUAUGCAUGAAAUGCAAGGCAAAACCUCCAGCUGAAGAAACUCUGACUUGUAGCACGUGCAUUACUCCAUGGCAUGUGGCUUGUCUUUCUUCUCCUCCUGAAACCCUAGCCUCUACUCUUCAGUGGGAGUGUCCUGAUUGUUCCGGUGAAGCCAUCGUCACCACAGCUGUCGUCGGUAGUGGAAAUGAGUUGGUGGCAGCGAUAAAGGAGAUUGAAGCGGAUGCUAAGCUGACGGAGAAGGAGAAGGCGAGGAAACGACAGGAAUUGAUGAGUGGGAAAAUGGAAGAAGAAGAUUUGAAGAAGAAAGGGAAAGAGAGGGUAAAUGAAAUGUUGAUUGUUCUUGGUGAUAACAUUAACUGUUCGUUUUGUAUGCAGUUGCCUGAGAGACCCGUUACUACACCGUGUGGCCACAAUUUUUGCUUGAAAUGUUUCGAGAAAUGGAUUGGACAAAGAAAGUUUACCUGUGCAAAAUGCCGUAAGCCAAUACCUGCAAAAAUGGCCAGUCAGCCCCGCAUUAAUGCUACCGUUGUGUCUGCCAUUCGUAUGGCAAGGAUGUCAAACUUGAUUUCUUCUGGAGGUCUCCCGAAGAUUUACCAUUUUGAACACAAUCAAAACAGGCCAGACAAAGCAUACACGACAGAAAGAGCACAAAAGGCUGGUAAGGCCAAUGCUUGUAGUGGGAAGAUAUUUGUCACUGUGCCUCCAGAUCAUUUUGGGCCUAUCCCAGCUGAAAAUGAUCCUGAAAGAAAUCAAGGCGUGCUGGUUGGAGAAUGUUGGGAGGAUAGAUUGGAAUGCAGGCAAUGGGGUGCACACCUACCCCAUGUUGCUGGUAUUGCUGGACAAUCAAACUAUGGAGCACAAUCAGUGGCACUUUCUGGAGGAUAUAUAGAUGAUGAAGACCAUGGAGAAUGGUUCCUCUAUACUGGAAGCGGUGGUCGAGACCUUAGUGGAAACAAACGGACUAACAAGGAGCAGUCUUUUGACCAAAAGUUUGAGAAAAUGAAUGAGGCUCUUAGAUUAAGUUGCAAAAAAGGCUAUCCUGUUAGAGUAGUGAGGUCCCACAAGGAGAAGCGUUCCUCAUAUGCUCCUGAGAAAGGGGUUCGCUAUGAUGGAGUCUAUAGAAUAGAGAAGUGCUGGCGAAAAGUUGGAAUUCAAGGCCAUAAGGUUUGUCGCUACUUAUUUGUCAGAUGUGACAAUGAGCCUGCUCCUUGGACGAGCGAUGCAAAUGGGGAUAGACCAAGACCUUUGCCUGUCAUAAAAGAGCUUGAUAAGGCAACUGAUAUAACAGAGAGAAAGGAAAGCCCAUCAUGGGAUUUUGAUGAAGAAGAUGGUCACUGGAAGUGGAAAAAACCCCCACCAGUAAGCCGAAAACCUGUUGCUAAUGUAAAUUCUGAAGAUAGGAAGAGGUCAAAGAAAGUUAUAAGGCAAUCACAAUAUGGACAAAUAAAAGAGAAGCUGCUAAGAGAAUUCAGUUGUAAGAUAUGUCAUCAAGUGUUGAAUGAACCAGCUACAACAACCUGUGGUCACAAUUUUUGCAAGUCAUGUUUGGAAGGGGCAUUUGCUGGGCAGACCGUCAUGAGAGAGAGAAGUAGAGGCGGACGGACACUUCGAGCACAAAGAAAUGUCAUGAAGUGCCCUUAUUGUUCUGUAGACAUCUCUGAUUUCCUUCAAGAUAUUAAGGUUAACCGAGAACUGAUGAAUGUGGUAGAGACACUGCAAUGCAUGGCUAAAGAGAGUUUGGACGUUGUGGAGGAUUCAAGUGAGGAAGAUGAUGACAAUCCCUGUAAUAAGACUGCUAACACCGUUUCAGGGGAUGCUUCUACUAACAGUGAGCUCCAGAAGGCUGUCGAGCAGAAGAAUGCAGAUGACGGUGAAAAUGCUGGAAGCACUGAAGCUUCAGCAAAUAAUGAAAAAUCCAGCAUUCACAGUUUGGCUGAAUGCAGCAAGCCACAGAGGGUUAACAAGAAGAAGAAAGUUGAAUCUGGUGAUUGCUCCAUAAAGGAUGAGAAAGGGAACAAGAUUUCUGCAGAGAAAACUGGUGAUGGAAACUCUGGAGAAGGUAGCAAACCUGUCUCAGAGUCUUUGAAAAGGAAGAAUGGGGUUGAAACAAUAGAACCUCCUGGUGCUGGUGGUGUCAAGACAAGGAAGAGAAGAGUUGAACAAGAAACAGCUGAUGGCAAUGAUUCACCAUCAAGUCCACUUCAUGUGCGAUCAUCUGAUGAUUUUUAAUGAAUCCUUUCGUUGGUUUAAUAGCUUAUUUGUGUACUUUCAUUUCAAGGUGACCUUUUAGAACUGAAUGCAAUUUGCAAUUCAUCUAUGCAUGAUAUUUGAAUGGCUGCCAUUAUUGGGAGCAAGACUGCCUAUUUUUGGGUACCCUUUAUUUUUGUAUAAUUCACAUUCAUAUUUAUAUUUUAAUUUUAAUUAA